CGGCGCCCGCCGCGCCCCGCCGGGCCCAGCGCCGGGGCAGUUGGAGCGCUGCGGGCUGAGGCUGCGGGGAGCGGGCCCGGGGUCGGGAGAUGGGCGGCGGGCUCGGCUCUGCGCAGGGGAGAAGCAGCUGCAGGGACUGGAAAUGAGGAAAUGAUGCGAGUACGUAGAAAAGCCACUGAAGCUGGUGCUGAAAGUUGGAGGAAAUGAAGUUGCUGAGCUCUCCACUGGAAAUGCAGGACUUGAUUCCAGCCUCUACGAAGACAAAUCUGAACAUGAAAAACACAAGGACAGAAAAAGGAAAAAGAGAAAGAAAGGAGAAAAACAAGUUCCUGGCGAAGAAAAGGAGAAAAGAAGGAGAAAAGUUAAGGAGGAUAAAAAGAAACGAGAUCGAGACCAUGGAGACAGUGAAGGAGAACAGGAAAUGAAAUGUCAGACCCCCAUCAGAAUGGAAUUGUCACCAGAGAAACCACUGACGAGCACUUUAUCCAAGCAGGAGGAGGUGGAGCAGACACCACUUCAGGAAGCUCUGAACCAACUCAUGAGACAGCUGCAGAGAAAGGAUCCAAGUUCUUUCUUUUCAUUUCCUGUGACUGACUUUAUUGCCCCUGGCUAUUCCAUGAUCAUUAAAAACCCGAUGGAUUUUAGUACCAUGAAAGAGAAGAUCAAGAACAAUGGGUACCAGUCCAUAGAAGAACUAAAGGAUAACUUCAAGUUGAUGUGUAAUAAUGCAAUGAUUUACAACAAACCAGACACCAUUUACUACAAAGCUGCAAAAAAACUGCUGCACUCAGGGAUGAAGAUACUUAGCCAGGAGAGAAUUCAGAGCCUGAAACAAAGUAUAGAAUUCAUGGCUGACCUGCAGAAGACAAGGAAGCAGAAGGACAAGACAGAACUGCAGCAAACUGGGGAAGAGGAAAAUGGUCCUGGGAAAGAGAGAGGAGAACCUAUGGACGGUGACACCAAAGCAUUCAAAACACCUAGCAAAGAGCACAAAAAGAAGGAUAAAGACCUGCUUGAAGACAAGUUACGGAGCAAUAGCUUGGAGAGGGAGCAAGAGCAGAUUGAUCGGAUUGUGAAGGAGUCUGGAGGAAAGCUAACCAGGCGCCUUGCCAACAGCCAGUGUGAAUUUGAAAGAAGAAAACCAGAUGGUACAACAACUCUGGGCCUUCUUAAUCCCGUUGACCUGGCUGCGGGAGAGCCAGGUUACUGCCCUGUAAAGCUGGGAAUGACUGCAGGAAGGCUUCAGUCAGGAGUUAAUACAUUACAGGGCUUCAAAGAAGAUAAAAGAAACAAGGUUACUCCAGUGACAUACUUGAAUUAUGGGCCCUUCAGUUCCUAUGCACCAACAUAUGAUUCGACGUUUGCCAACAUAAGCAAAGAAGAUUCUGACCUAAUCUACUCAACAUAUGGGGAAGACUCUAAUCAAGGAUCUUCCAGUAUUCAGGAUUUUUUUAUGAAAUCCCAGGAUUAUCCUCUCUUAAUGGCUGAUAGUUUGCUGGAUGUUCUAACUAAAGGAGGACAUUCUAGAGCUCUCAGAGAACUAGAAAUGCCAUGUGAGGAAGCGGAAGACCCACAGGAAAGAAGUGAUGCAGUGAAAGAUUUAAAGAUUAUGGAAAUUGAUAUUGCUGCCAGGUUGGACGCUGCUAAUAGCGACAGACUUACAGCUCUAAAAGCAGUUACAAACUUUGGCAUGCCUAUAGAAGAGUUUGAUUCUGAAGAGGCUGAAAUCUUCCAAAGGAAACUUGAUGAAACAACAAAGCUGCUCAGAGAGCUCCAGGACGCUCAAAAUGAACGACUGAGCACAAAACCACCUCCUAAUAUGAUUUGUCUUCUGGGUCCAUCUUACAGAGAAAUGCACUUGGCGGAGAGAGUAACCAAUAACCUGAAGGAACUUGCCCAGCAAGUGACUCCAGGUGACAUUGUCAGUACCUAUGGGAUCAGGAAAGCAAUGGGAAUCUCAAUUCCUCUACCUGAGGCAGAAGACAGCUGGGUAGAUUUGACAGAAGACUUUGAAGAGCCUAAAAAGACCAUCACUGUUCCUGAAAACGAGUGUGAUGCAGUUACAAGCUGAACAAUCUGUUCAUCUUACAGCUGUUUGUUUGAUUCUGUUUAAGAACCAGGUAAAUGUCCUUCAGGUGCAUUCACCAUGUGUGUUUAUUGUGUGUUAAACUACUUUUGUUUAUUAAAUUUUGGAGCUGAUGGCUUUUGAAGGGUUUGUAUUAGUUACUUCUGCUAUGUAAAUGCACUAAAUUAUUCUUUUUGCAUUCUCUAAUAUUUUUAAGCUCCUCUGCCACAUUUAAGUUUUCCUAAAUAACCAAGUGUCUGGAAAAGUCAAAGCAUAAUGACAAUGUGCCUAUAUAUGGUGCAGGGACUCAAUCAGAAGUUUCUAGAAGCAAUGUAUAUAGACUUGUUUCUGAGUCUGGUUAGUGCAAACAUCAUUAGUGUCUGAACAUGCAACUCCCCCUUUUUAAAAUUACUGUGCAACUCUCAUGGACAUGAGGAAGAGAAAUAAACUUUUUAUACAAAACCGA